CCACAACAAACCUGCAGAUAUUAUUAUGCCCAUUCUAUGGAAAAUGAAACUGGGGCCCAGAAGAUUCAUUAUUGUGCUCCAAAUCCCAGAGCGAGUGAACAGUGAAGCUGAGAUUCAAACGCAAGCCUGUGACUCCAAAACCUGUGUGUUUAAGCCCAGCUCGGGAUCACAGAAAACUCCCUCAAAUGGGUAGCAACAUUUGACAUAAGAGAAACUGAGGUAAAGUGAACACUGGAUCUCAGAACAAAAGAGUCUUCCACGUUUGACAGCAGAUAAAUCCGCAAAUCCACCGCUGAGUCAUGGAAAUCCUCCUUUGUCAACGCCACAGAACUGUUUCUUUCCCUGGGAAUGAUCAAGAAAACUUGCCAUUUGUGCAUGUUUAAGGAAAGGAAAAAAAUCAACACAUUUUGUUUUUUAAAAAAAAUCAGGGCCUGGAUUUUGACAAUGUCAAGAUCCACAGUAUAUCCCCGUUUGUUUUGGAUACUCUACUGACUUCCAGUUCUAGAAGACAUAGAUAUAUUACUUAAACAACCAAAGGACCUCCAGCUUUCCUACUUCAAAAAGGCUCCUGAGAAACAGGGGAAGAGGUGGAGCAAGAUGGCUGAAUAGAACUCUCCGCGAUCUUCCCCUGCCAGGAAGAGCAAACUGAACGACUACCCAGGCACGGAAGCACCUUCAUAAGAACCAAAAAUCAGAUAUGAAACUAAUCAUGAAGAAAAAUAUUAUCAACACACAGCGCUCCUUUGUAAAUAGGCCCAAUGUGAUUGCACCAGAUAUUGAAAAAGAAAUAAGAAGGAUGGAAAACGGAGCAUGCAGCUCCUUUUCUGACGAUGACGACAGUGCCUCUGCAUCUGAAGAUUCCGAGAACGAAAACCCCCGUGCAAGGGGUUCCUUUCGAAAUAACUCACACAGAAGGGGAGAACCACCGCAGAGGGAGCAGUACCUGCCUGGGGCCAUUGCACUUUUCAACGUCAACAACAGCAGCAAUAAGGACCAAGAACCAAAAGAAAAAAAGAAAAAGAAAAAAGAAAAGAAGAGCAAGUCAGAUGAUGAAAAUAAAAAGGACCCAGAGAAGAAAAAGAAGAAGGAAAAGAAAAAAGAGAAGGAAAAAAAAGAAGAGAAAAAGAAAGAAGAGAAAAGCAAAGACAAGAAAGAAGAGGAGAAGAGAGAAGUCGUGGUUAUCGAUCCCUCGGGAAAUACGUAUUACAACUGGCUGUUUUGCAUCACCUUACCUGUUAUGUACAACUGGACUAUGAUUAUUGCAAGAGCAUGUUUUGAUGAACUUCAAUCCGAUUACCUAGAAUAUUGGCUCGUUUUCGAUUACUUAUCAGAUGUAGUCUACCUUCUUGAUAUGUUCGUACGAACAAGGACAGGUUACCUAGAACAAGGACUGCUGGUGAAGGAAGAACUUAAGCUCAUACAGAAAUAUAAAUCAACCUUGCAAUUUAAACUCGAUGUUCUAUCAGUGGUACCAACUGAUCUGCUAUAUGUUAAGUUGGGGUGGAACUAUCCAGAAAUUAGAUUAAACAGGCUGUUAAGGAUCUCUCGUAUGUUUGAGUUCUUCCAGAGAACAGAAACAAGGACAAAUUAUCCAAACAUCUUCAGGAUUUCUAACCUUGUUAUGUAUAUCGUCAUCAUUAUCCACUGGAAUGCAUGUGUGUAUUACUCUAUUUCGAAAGCUAUUGGAUUUGGAAACGAUACUUGGGUCUACCCUGAUGUCAACGAUCCUGAUUUUGGCCGUUUGGCUAGAAAAUAUGUGUACAGUCUUUACUGGUCCACGCUGACGUUGACUACCAUCGGUGAAACACCACCUCCCGUCAGGGACUCUGAAUAUGUCUUCGUGGUGGUUGAUUUCUUAAUCGGAGUGUUGAUUUUCGCUACCAUCGUUGGUAACAUAGGUUCCAUGAUUUCCAACAUGAACGCAGCCAGAGCAGAAUUUCAAGCAAGAAUCGAUGCCAUCAAGCAGUACAUGCAUUUUCGAAACGUAAGCAAAGACAUGGAAAAGAGGGUCAUUAAGUGGUUUGACUACCUCUGGACCAACAAAAAGACGGUCGACGAGAGGGAAGUGUUGAAGUAUCUACCUGAUAAACUGAGGGCGGAAAUUGCCAUCAACGUUCACUUGGACACCCUAAAAAAGGUGCGCAUUUUUGCUGACUGUGAGGCUGGCCUGUUGGUUGAGUUAGUCUUGAAACUACAGCCCCAGGUCUACAGUCCCGGAGAUUACAUCUGCAAGAAAGGGGACAUCGGACGAGAGAUGUACAUCAUCAAGGAGGGCAAGCUGGCCGUGGUGGCCGACGAUGGGAUCACGCAGUUCGUGGUGCUGAGUGACGGCAGCUACUUCGGCGAGAUCAGCAUUCUCAACAUAAAGGGCAGCAAAGCCGGCAAUCGGAGGACGGCCAAUAUUAAAAGUAUUGGCUACUCAGACCUGUUCUGCCUCUCCAAAGAUGACCUCAUGGAGGCUCUCACGGAGUACCCCGACGCCAAAGCGAUGUUGGAAGAGAAAGGGAAGCAGAUCUUGAUGAAAGAUGGGCUACUGGACAUAAGCAUCGCUAAUGCUGGUAGUGACCCCAAAGACCUCGAAGAGAAGGUCACUCGCAUGGAGGGGUCGGUAGACCUCCUGCAGACGAGGUUUGCCCGGAUCCUGGCUGAGUACGAGUCCAUGCAGGGGAAGCUGAAACAAAGAUUAACCAAGGUCGAGAAAUUUCUGAAACCACUCAUCGACACAGAGUUCUCAGCCAUUGAAGGAGAAAGUGGGCCCAUAGACUCUACCACACAGGACUGAAAAGCUGGUCGUUAACAAGGACAUGCCUCAGGAUCCUUUAGAUUAUGUGACUAAACUGUCGUUUGGAAGAAGAGGAGGAAGACUCAGCCGGGAAAUUUUUCCAUAAGGAAGACGUGCUUUGGCGCAGGGCACAAGGCCCGUCCGCUCUUUGCGAGGCACUGUGAUCGAAGAAUGGUUGUAUCUUGGGAUUUUUCACGAUGGAUAACAUGCAAGGAUAUAAACUGAUUAACGUGUCGGUAUCUGUAUCUUCUGAAUUUUUCACAUAUACUCCUUUUGUGUAAUAAUCUUUAUAAAAGUGAACAAGUAUCCUCACUUUCGGGAUACUUGCAUUGCUGAGGAGUGAAAAGUAUUCAGAGCA